AUGGCACUGCUCGAGCAGCCAGAAGCGCUCGCAGCAGCAGAGCGAGCGGGCAUCUGCGCGUCGUCGCUCAUUCCGCGCCUGCAGCAGGCCGUUGUUCACGACGCGGACGAUGCCUCCGGGCUGGCCGCCGCCCUCUCGGAGCUCAUCUCCAGUCUGUCUGGCCAGGGAGAGCACACGCUUCGCCUCGCAGUGCGAGAGUCGGCGCUUCUGCUGUGGUGCCGGCCUCGGGGCGCCGGCACGGGCACGCGGCUCUGGCGCGCCUCGCAGCUGUGCGCGUGGGCGUGCGAGACGCACUGGGCCGGGCUGGACCUGACGGGCAGCCGCGUUCUCGAGCUCGGGUGCGGCACCGCUGCGGCAGGCCUAGCGGCCGCGGCACUCGGAGCGAGAGAGGUGACCCUGACAGACGUCGACCCCGCCGCCCUCCGGCUCGCCAAGCGGAACGCGGCGAGGAACUUCCUCCCGAAUGUGCGCGUGGCGCACCUCGACGCCGAGGCGAGCGAGGCGAGCGAGGCGGCGGCGGAAGGCCGGUUCGACCUCCUCCUCGCCGCCGAUCUCGUCUACGGCUUCGUGUCGCCGGACCGGCUCGCGGCGACGGCGGAGCGGCUGCUGGAGGGCCCCCACGCGAGGGCGCUCUUUGUGCACGACGGCGACGGGUGCCGGUCGGAGGGCGCGCGCCAGGGCGUCGCUGGCUUUGUCGCCGCCGUCGAGGCCGCAACGGCGCUGCGCUGCGUCCGCAGCGAGACGGUCGACAAGGAUUGGGUGACGGGGAGAGAGCUCGCUGCCCCGCUGCUCCUACAGCUGUUUGCGGCGCCCCUCCACCCAAGUUGA